GGGAGAAACGCUACUCCGCUGAAGAAGAAGAAGAAGAAGAAGAAAGUAACAAUGGGGCGGGCACCCGCACUUCUCUCGCAAUUCCUCUCUUUGUCAACGACGGCCGCGCCUCACUUCAGAGCUUCCAUGACAUGUAGAUUGAAUCCGAGGAAAUACUUGAACGGAACCGCAAAAAUUCCGCCGAUUCGCGAAAAUUUGCGAUGUCUCUGUAGCGUAGCCGUCUCGGAGCCUGCGACUUCAGAACCGUCUUCCACUCCCGUAAAGAAGAGGGUGGUCUCUGGUGUGCAGCCCACAGGAUCCAUACAUCUUGGCAAUUAUCUUGGGGCUAUAAAAAAUUGGAUUGACUUGCAAAAUGCAUAUGACACCCUUUUCUUCAUUGUGGACCUGCAUGCGAUCACCUUGCCUUAUGACACACAACAGCUAUCCAAAGCAACAAAAGAAACAGCAGCAAUUUACUUGGCAUGUGGAGUGGAUCCCUCCAAGGCUUCAGUGUUUGUGCAGUCUCAUGUCCGUGCUCAUGUCGAAUUGAUGUGGCUGCUCAGUUCUACAACCCCAAUUGGUUGGCUGAAUAGAAUGAUCCAAUUCAAGGAGAAAUCAUUGAAAGCGGGAGAUGAAAAUGUUGGGGUUGCUCUGCUGACAUAUCCUGUCCUAAUGGCAUCUGAUAUUUUGCUAUACCAGUCUGAUUAUGUCCCGGUUGGGGAUGAUCAGAAACAACAUCUGGAGUUAACUCGAGAACUUGCUCAGCGUGUUAACUAUCUUUAUGGAGGAAGGAAGUGGAAGAAAUUGGGAGGGCGAGGUGGUGCAAUUUUUAAGGUUCCGGAACCCCUUAUUCCACCUACUGGAGCUCGAGUCAUGUCCCUAACUGAUGGUCUUUCAAAGAUGUCCAAAUCGGCGCCUUCUGAUCAGUCUCGAAUCAAUUUGCUUGACCCUAAAGAUGUUGUCAAUAAUAAAAUUAAGCGUUGCAAGACUGACUCAUUUCCUGGCCUGGAAUUUGAUAACUCUGAAAGACCUGAAUGUAACAAUCUUCUCUCAGUUUAUCAGCUCGUCACAGGGAAGACAAAGCAGGAAGUGGCUGAAGAAUGUCGAGAUAUGAACUGGGGGACGUUCAAACCUGUCCUUACAGAUGCUUUGAUUGCUCACUUACAUCCCAUCCAGGUUUGUUAUGGGGAAAUCAUGUCUGAUGCAAGUUACCUAGAUUCAGUGUUGGCUGAAGGUGCUAGAAAAGCUGCAGACGUUGCAGAUAAUACCCUCAAAAAUGUGUACCAAGCUAUGGGAUUCUUGCGGUGAUAAAUAUAACCCAUGCUGCUUCUGGAACUUGCUGAAAGGGUCAGCUCGAUAGCAACCUAAAAGCUCACUCAUCAAAAGUUCAAAUUCCAUAUUCUCCAACAUGCAUCAUCAUGAGUCGUUACUGUUGAGGGGAGAAAUAAUUUAUCCAAAAAGGCAAGCAUUAAAGCUUUUACGCUAUCCUCACCCCUCCCUUUUAAGGGCGUGAGCAGAUGGAUUUUGAGCAGUUGAAUUAAUUCCCUUAAUUCCCUAUUCUUUGAAAUCUAUACCAUGAUUUCUGAUAGGAGUUUGCCUUUAUUGGUAUAUACGAAACGUACACCUCUUGAUCAUCCUAUAAAUCAAUGUAAAUUGUAGCUGCAAUUCCAGAUGCAGUAUGUUAUGCCAAUUGAUGGUCAGUUUAAGGAUUUAAAACACCUUUGCUCCGUUCCACUUGAAUUAUCUGGCAUAAUCAAGGUUUAGCAUCCCUGAUGCACUUCUUAAAAGAAAAUGAAUGGCAUUACAAUUGGAAGUUCGAUUGUUUCUUGCUGAAUUUUAGUUCAACGUCCCUUGUAAUUGUAAGUUCUGGUAUACUUCCAUCUGCUGGUUCCUUAAACUUUUUCUUU